AUGUCUUUAAAGGUUUUACAAUGCUUUUUAUCUCAAACUUUUAAAACAGAUGAAACAAUUUCUACAAAUGAAUAUAAUAUUUUACGUUUCACUAUAUUGAAAUUAGUUUAUGAAAUUAACCAAAGUUUAGUUUCAACAUUUGAAAGAAUGAUACCAUUAGAAGAUGGAAUGGUGGGAAAUUAUGAUGAUAUAAGGAAUCUUUAUAAGAAAUCUUCAAAAGUUUGGGAGAUUCUUCCUGAUGUUGCAAAAAAAUUAAAACCUUUAAUAGAAUUUAUAGAUUUGAGAAGAAUUGAUUUAAAAGAUAUGGAAAAUAUUUUUGAACCGUUGGAUAUCAUUUCAAAAGAAGAUCUUUUAGAAUUUUUUCGAUAUCAUGCCAAAGUUAAAACUCCUAUUUCAUAUACUCGUGGAAUGCCGUUUUUUACGUGGGACAAAAAACAUUGUGGAGAUGGAAUUACUAUACAUAAUGAUGAAGUUACUUUUAUUUAA